AUGUUUGAGAAAACCAAUAAAAGUGAUAAAGUAUUGAAAAAGAAAUUAAUUUUGAAAAGAAAAAUUAUUCGCGAAAAAUUAAAUUUGUUGAAACAAGGACAAAUACUACAAGAAAAUCUAUUUCAACCCAUCACGAAACACUUGACGAAUAUUGAAACUCAAUUGGAUAAAAAUCAAAAUCUGGCACAACAACAACAAGAAAAGACAACAAUCGCAAUACCAACAACGAAAAAAUUGAAAAAGGAACAGGAUGAAGAAGAUAAUUACGAUUAUGAAGAAGAUGACGUAUUCAAAAAAGUAAAUUCAGAAUUGUAUGAGCCUACACCACGAUCCUUGGUUGCUGCUGCUGCUGAUGACACCCCACGUGUUGGUAAAACAACAAAAAUCAAACGGAAAUUACCUUUCACACAAAUUAGUGAUAAAAAAACAAAAAAAUCAGAUCAACCACAACAUAGUUAUAAUUUAAGAAGGUUACUGCUCAGGGACAAUGUUGAAAAAUAUGCUACAGAUGAAGAGGAAGCUAGAAAACAAAAGGAUUUUAAUGAAAGUCGUCAAAAUGAAUUUUUAAACCUGUCACAAACUGAAUAUUUGGAUCAAUUUGAUCCAUUGCCGGCAAAAUAUAUACAAGAAUUUAUAAAUGACCCUGCUACUGAUCCAGCGUUAGAGGGAAAUGUUUUACCUAAAUAUCGUAUAAGACGUGAUGAAAUUGAUAAUUUCUACAUUGGUGAUUCCAAAGUUGAAAUCGUUGGAUCUGAUUUAAUAGUGAAAGGAAGAAGAUACAAAGGAACCCCCGGACUGUAUAAAUUACUGUUCAGAAAAAAUAUGCCUAAAAGUUAUACGAAGGAUGAUGAAGCUGCUUUCAAGGACAUUAUCUCAAGAACCAAUAUAAAUAGAAAAAGGUUCAAGACCACUGGAGAUGAAAAUGACAGCCAAUCUGAAAAAUUCAAACUACUUUUCGAACCUUUAACAACUACUGGAAAUGGCAUGGUUGCAUCAUCAGCAGAAAUGAAAUAUUCCAACAAUUCGAUUGAUUACAUCUACUGGGAUGAUCCAAAUGAACUUGUCGAACGCUUACAACUGUUACUUGCUUCCCAAACGGCAGGCAAUACAAACCAUAACAACGAGAUCAACGCAAUUGUGGAAGACGAAAUCAGAGGGGCCUGGGCGAGAGAAACGAUCGAAGGGGAUUUCAAAAAGAACUUGAAGCUGCUCGAUAAUUCUAACGAACUAAUGAAGGAGUUUUUUGGUUCGACGGAAACCGUGAAUUUCAAAACGAUCGGUUCAAUGGAUACGCAUGACUUUAUUUCCGGUCUACGAGAAGGGGAAGCUGCUCGAACGCUUUCGAAAGCCAAUCCCGCAAUGGCAUCGAUGGCCGUCGAGACAAACCGAUAUAUUCAGGCUAUGAAUCGAGAGGCUCUGGAAAUGCCCGACAAACAUUUGAAAAACAUUGCGGCAAGCGGCGAAGAGAUCCGUAGCUCUCUGCCGGAUCUCGACCUGAAAACGAAUUCGGCGGAACUCGAAACAGAGAUUGCCAAAGACUCAAAGACCAAAGAGAAGGUGGACAAAAUUGAAGAAAGGAAAACUAAAACUGGAAAAUAUGCUUUGUUCGCCAUUGGGUCGAUCUUUAUCGGCGGGACCAUCUAUAGUGCGCUGAACGCGAUAGCAGAAAUUCGCUCUGGUUGUAUCUAUUAUAAAACGCAUAAUCAAACAACUGUGGGCUGUAAAAUAAUUAAAUGCUCUUGUUCGUUUCCCACGGUGGGUUCGGGCAUGGGUGCCUGUACGACUCUUCCGACUAAUUUCCCGCUUUCGGAUUGUACUUGUACGUCGAAUUCUCCACAAUGUUUGAAAUGCACAGCGUCCAAAGAAAAUUCGCAGGGUAAAGAAAAUUACGAUCCGACCAUAUUACAUGCAAACGAGGUGAUCAAAUGCGUUUCCAAGUCGAUAAGCGAAACAAUAGCGGAUCUUUACAACCAGUUGCCUCGUUCGAUUAUAGGUUCGCUGGCCAAUUUGGGAAAUAUUGUCAAAUAUGUAAUAUACACGUUCAUCAGAUUCGGGUGUUGUUACUUGCUCUUUAAACUUUGGCGAAGCAAAUCGAAGGCAACUUCACGUUCAGAAUACUCGAAUUAUGCGGCGAUAGGUGACAACGGACACAGUAUGCAUUCAAUGGAUUCAAUGGAUUCAAUGGACGCAGCUGUAGACUCAAACGGUACCGGUUAUCGUAGGGCCCGUUACGGUCUUGGGACAGCCGCCACUCGUUUUCAAGAGACGGUUAAUCAGUUGGAAACUAGACUAAUGGAUCGUUUAUCCAAAGACCGCGAACAAACUCUUGACCGCAUUAAUACCGGAUUGAACCAAAUAAAAAAUGUACUGGAAACGCAGAUAGUUAGACCAUUGAAAGAUCACGGUACGCAAAUUCAGAAAACCGACGGAAGUAAAUUAGAAGAAAAAGACCUAAUAGAUUUUUUAAGUUAUCAUGGAUACUUGAAUAUUUCUCAAAAUAAUAAUGUGUCUGAUUUAGUAACACCUGAAAAGGCUCUGAAAGAGUUUCAAAUUGCUUAUAAUUUAAAAGCUGAUGGAACAUUGAAUGGUGAAACUGCUUCUUUAAUUGAGAGAUUUUGGUGUGGCACAAGAGAUAAUAAUUAUCAAAUUGGAAAUGUUGAUGAAGGAAAAUGGAAAUAUAAAAUAAUAAAAUGGAUUAUACAUCCUCCCACUUCACAUUUACGUAUAAAACAAAAAUAUAUAAAAGUUGCAGAGAAUGCUUUCAACUUAUGGGAAAACGAGACAAACUUGAAAUUUGUCUAUUCCAAUGUCAACCCAAAUAUAAUAAUAUCAUUUAAUUAUUCCAAUCAUUCAUUGUAUGCUAAUAAAAAUGAAUGUCCAUAUGAAUUUCAUUAUUAUGUUCUGGCACAUUCUUAUUUUCCAAGUUUACAAUCUGAGACUGUGGAAAUUCAUAUGAAUAGAGCAUUUACUUGGUAUUUGGAAGACGCACCAUCAGUUCCAGAUAGCCAAAAGAGUUUAUUGCAAGUUUUAACUCAUGAAAUAGGACAUGCUCUAGGAAUUGGACACUCACAUGAUACUCAAUCUAUUAUGUAUCCUGCUUUACUUGACAUAGGCCCUGAUGUUCGAUUAAGCAGUGAUGAUAAAGAAGCUAUUCAAGAACUCUAUGGGAAAAAACAAUAA